AAAUUGGCGGCAAUUAGGAAGCGAAAAUGGUGCGGAACUCGGCGUCUCCGUCGCCGAUGCGGGCGCGCUCUCUGCAUGCCGCAAUGGAAGAGGCCUCAUCCCCACGUGUAAACAAAACGCUGAGCUUCAUCAGCAGCGACGAUGACGACGAAAGCAACGAAGAAGUAGAUCAGGAGAACCGCUGCAAACUCAACGAUAGCAAUGAUGAUACAAGCCCAAGUAAUACUAAAGCAGCGGCGGCCGGGGGAACAUUUCGCUACCGCACACGACGCAUGGAGCGUCUCGGUGUGUAUGGUAGGCAGGACCCUCCGUACCGUCGGCGCGAAUUGAUAUCACCCAACAAGAUACAGCAACAACGACGAUCCAGCUCGGAGCAGAGCACACCGACGCACAGGAGACCAGGGCUCGCCACACGGUGUAGUAGAUCGGUGUCGCCACCGUGUGCGAGUCCAGCGACGUUGCUUAGUCAUAACCUUGGAACAAUUUUGUCGAUGAAGAGUCCUGUGCAUAUUCGCCGACGCUCACAAAGGAGAAACAUAGUUCUGAAGAGACUCAGCGUUGCAGAUUGUCCGAACCAGUUUGUCAGUUCGUUUGAAAGUUUGCAAACCAUCCGUUGGCUUGGAGCAGGCGUGUCGGCAGAAGUAUUCAAGGUCCGAGAUCCAAAGAGUGGAGAGCUUUUCGCCGUCAAGAAGUCGAAGCAAGAGCUGCGAAAUGACCGAGAACGUGAUCUGUUGGCCCAAGAAAUUACCAUCCUAGAGAAGUUGGCAUCGUCACGACACAACUUCGACAACAUCGUUCGGUAUUAUCAAGCGUGGCAGGAGAAUGGUUUUUUCUACUUGCAAAUGGAACUGUGCGAGGGAGGCACAUUACAAGAUUUUAUUAUGACGCGAAACCGGGAGGCUCUUCCUGAAAGCUACUUGUGGAGUAUCCUACGGGAUGUUGCAAGCGGACUCGAAGUUCUUGGUGACCACGGUCUUGUUCAUCUGGAUAUCAAACCUGACAACAUAUUUAUCACGGGAGACGGACGUUUAAAGAUCGGAGACUUCGGUAUGGCUGGAAAAGUGGUGAUAUCUGCCAAAGCGUCGAGAAAAAUAAGCGAUCUUGAAGGAGAUGCGAAGUACAUGGCGAAGGAGCUCCUUUCCAGCGCGGACCGACUACCUUCAGCGGAUAUUUUCUGUCUUGGCAUUAUGAUGCUGGAAAUUGCGACUGGAAUGGUUUUGCCAGAAGCUGGAAAGAAGUGGCAUGACCUUAGGGAUGGAGAUUUGCCUUCCUUGUCUCCAGAGUACUCGAAGGAACUCGGUGAGAUAAUUCUACAGAUGAUGCACCCCGAUCCAACAAAGAGGCCCAGUGCAGCUGCCAUCAUGAAAAACUCUCGUGUGCAGACUGCCACCGAUCCUGCCACCCUUAUUCAAGAGCACGCUCUAAAGCAAAAAAUGGUAGUGCCCACCAGAGCGCGAAGCAACACAAGCCGAUCGGCAAGAAACAGUCUGCAGACGCCUCACAAGACACGCCUCUUAAUACCAUAAGCACCUGCAGUUCAUUAAUGUCAUAAGUCGGCUUACCAUUUCGUCCGCCAGCGUCCAUUAUUCCAACAACGUCAA